ACUUGGAUGCGCUGGGGCAGAGGAUGAGUGAGCGAUUUCGGCGACUAGAGACAAGGUCUCGGAUCUGAACGGAGAGGCAGGACGAGCCCGAAGGAGACCCGAGGCCACGAGCGACGUCCGGAGCCCCAGGGACCGGAGACAGCUGAGGACCCCGCGCCGGGGCAGGAUGCGGCCGGCCCCGCUGCGCUUUGCAGACCGAGAGCCUGUUUUCAACACCCUUCCUGGAGCCAGGACUGAAUGCCUUGCUGAAGUCACCACCAGGCUCCCAGCUAUCCCCUGAAAUGAACGUUCCUGGGGCGCCCUCUAGUGGACUUUUGAGGUAACCAUCUGUCCAUAGGAAGUCAUGGCAACCACGCCUGCGCAGGUCCACCGGCCCUUCUUGGGGAAUGAGACUCUCCUGGCACAUUACAACUACGUGGGGAAGCUGGCUGGCCGGCUGCGGGACCCCCCUGAAGGCGGCACCCUCACCACCAUCCUCUUCUUGAUCACUUGCAGCUUCAUCGUCUUGGAGAACCUGAUGGUUUUGAUUGCCAUCUGGAAGAACAAUAAAUUUCACAACCGCAUGUACUUUUUCAUUGGCAAUUUGGCUCUUUGCGACUUGCUGGCCGGCAUAGCCUACAAGGUGAACAUUCUCAUGUCCGGCAGAAAGACGUUCAGCCUGUCCCCCACGGUGUGGUUCCUCAGGGAGGGCAGUAUGUUCGUAGCCCUUGGGGCCUCCACUUGCAGCUUACUGGCCAUUGCCAUUGAACGGCACCUGACCAUGAUCAAAAUGAGGCCCUACGAUGCCAACAAGAAGCACCGCGUGUUCCUCCUGAUAGGGAUGUGCUGGCUUAUCGCCUUCUCGCUGGGCGCCCUGCCCAUCCUGGGCUGGAACUGCCUGGAGAACUUCUCUGACUGCUCCACCAUCCUUCCCCUCUACUCUAAGAAGUACAUCGCCUUCCUCAUCAGUAUCUUCACAGCCAUCCUGGUGACCAUAGUUAUCCUGUACGCGCGUAUCUACUUCCUGGUCAAGUCGAGCAGCCGCCGAGUGGCUAGCCAUAACUCUGAGCGGUCCAUGGCUCUUCUGCGAACCGUGGUGAUCGUGGUGAGCGUGUUCAUCGCCUGCUGGUCCCCGCUCUUCAUCCUCUUUCUCAUCGAUGUGGCCUGUAGAGUGAAGGAGUGCUCCAUCCUGUUCAAGAGCCAGUGGUUCAUCAUGCUGGCUGUCCUCAACUCAGCUAUGAACCCUGUCAUCUACACCCUGGCCAGCAAGGAGAUGAGGCGUGCUUUCUUCGGUCUGGUGUGUGGCUGCCUGGUCAAGGGCAAAGGGGCCCGGGCCUCACCCAUGCAGCCUGCUCUUGACGCAAGCAGGAGCAAAUCCAGUUCCAGUAACAACAGCAGUCACUCCCCAAAGAUUAAGGAAGACCUGCCCCAUGUGGUGGCCUCUUCCUGCAUCACUGACAGAAACAUAACACUUCAGAAUGGGCUCCUUUGCAAGUGAACGUCCCCACCAGGCCAGCUCUACAGCCACACCUAUUUAUUGCACGUGUUCCUUCCGCCUGGGCCUUUAAAGAUCUUGACUUGGAUGUCUGCUUGAUGUGCCCAGACACUGUGGGCAGCUCCUGAAUCAGGGGUCCCAGGAAUCACCAAGGCAUUUCAACCAGGACAUGGAUGUGCCUUAUCUGUUGCAGGCUCCAUCUGCCUGAAUGUACCAAGCUGCUGACGCCAUCUACCCAUGUCAUCUGCUAACAUCAUCUGCCACCUUCAGGAUGCCACUUUCCCCGGGCUUCUGGGAGCUCAGGUGGUGAUGCGCCACGCACAGUGCGCCACCAGAUGGCCUAUUUUCACACUACAUUUAUUGUGCAUAGGAUGGGUGUUCAUGUAUGUAUUUGUCCAUUUCUGUGUUUCAUAGGAUGUACAUACUAGGUUUUCCCAGGUGGAGGCCAUACGAAGUUGCAGUUCUCCACACCAUAUGUAACCCAGUUCUAUAGAUGUACUCCCACUGCUGAGCCAGCUUCAAGGUCACAGUGUGAGUAGGCCAAUGUGCCACUCCCAGUCGCCUUGGAUUGAUGUGGUAUCUGGUAGAAAUAAGAAGUUUUAAAGCCCUUUAUUCACAAAAGGCUCAUCCAAGGCCAGCCCAAAUGUGUGUCCAACACUUAUAUUCCGUGCCCCUUUCUCUGUGUGUCUCCUCAUAAACUUAAGCAUAUCUGAAAACCAAAUUAUGUGAUAAUUUAGAUGUUUCUAAAAAAAACAUAGAAAAGCUAGCCAAGAUCUCCCAGAACCCUGGAGACCAUCAAAGAGUCCAGCCCAUAAGGAGAGGCAAGGGUACCUCCAACCUGGGUCACCCCUCCAAGGCACCAGGGUCAUGGCCUUUUCACGCAGGGAGUUUGCAAUGGUGAGUUUUACAAGCCAGCACUUCGACUGUAUGUCAAAUUCGAUUCUGUAUAGAAAUUGGCACAACACCAAUCGUCCCCUAUGCUGUCACCACCAAGGAGCUGGGGUCAUCAGCAAAGCUUCCUAGCUCCCUCAAGGUAGACACCAACCAGGACCACUUAGUGAGAGGACUUUAGCUGCCAGGCUAGGAGAUGUGAUAUGGCUGUUGAUGCAUUCUUCAGAGAGAACCACCAUCGUUCUCUUAAUGUAUUAUCUACCUGCUGUCACUUGAACCUGCAUUCCUCUGUUCACUCUGUAGAGAAAGUGUUCAGAAGACAUCUCUGAACAGCCCCAUCCUCAAAGGACUCCACCCACUGGACACACAAAUGGAAAGUGGAUGUAUGUGAGGUGUGGGGCGCUAACCCAUAUGCUGCAGGUAUGCUGGGCUCUUCCUGAAAAUUAGACCAAGAGCAACCCUCAAAGGGACACUUACUUGGGGGAUCUCAUGUCAGAGUCCCCGGAAGUUUAUUAGAACCACAAAAA